GUUUAUCGAAGAAACGUUCAAGUUGUGACAGAGAAUCUCGGUCGUCUUUCUUGUCUCCGACGAGGCUCUUCUUCUUCUUCCGAUUAGAUCCCGUCGGAGAAUUCAGAGACUCUAGGGUUCGAUUUUUAAGUGUUUUGGAUAGUGCAAGAAAGUAAUCGAUGAUGUUACAGUCGCAUUCAAGGUUUCUCCUUCAGACGCUGUUGACGCGUGCUCAGAAUCUUGAUAAAGCAGUGGAGCUAGAUUAUCAAUGGAUCGAAUUCGAUGAUGUUCGUUACCAUGUUCAGGUGACAAUGAAGAAUCCAAACCUCUUGUUGCUUUCGGUUUCAUUACCAAACCCACCACCUGAAGCAAUGUCCUUUGAUGGGCUUCCAUUAGGAGCUAUAGAAGCUAUUAAAACCACUUACGGUACAGGAUUUCAAAUUCUUGAUCCUCCAAGAGAUGGUUUUAGUCUUACCCUGAAGCUCAAUUUCUCUAAAGUUCGUCCUGAUGAAGCUUUCAGGAACUCGUUACUAACGAAGCUAGCUUCCAUUAGAGAAGUGGUUAUGGGUGCGCCGUUGAAAAUCAUCUUCAAACAUCUAGCUUCGAGGACGCUUGCUCCUGAGCUAGAUAGGCUCGUAGCAAUUAUGCAUAGACCUAAUGAGACAUUUUUCCUCGUGCCUCAGGCGGAUAAAGUCACCGUGGCUUUUCCUAUGAGAUUUAAAGACUCUGUUGACACUAUUCUAGCGACUUCUUUCUUAAAGGAAUUUGUAGAGGCGAGGCGUGCUGCUGCGCUUAACAGUGCUCCUUCUUGUUCUUGGUCUCCAACUGCACCGCAGGAAUUGGAAGGAGCUCCUAAAGAAACACUAUCUGCUAAUGCCGGUUUUGUAACUUUUGUCAUUUUCCCUCGGCAUGUUGAGGGGCAAAAGCUUGAUCGUACUGUCUGGAAUUUGUCAACCUUUCAUGCUUAUGUUAGUUACCACGUCAAGUGCACAGAGGGAUUUAUGCACACCAGGAUGCGGCGUCGUGUGGAAUCUAUGAUUCAGGCUUUGGAUCAAGCAAAGCCAUUGGAGAAAACAAGAUCGAUGAACAACAAGUCAUUUAAACGGCUAGGACUCAACGAUGUCAAUCACACCAAUUCGAAGUAGUGAUCACUCACGAAGCAAUUUUGUAAAAUCUUGUGAGUAGCUAAGACAUGUUUUUUAUUGUUUUUUGUUUUUUGGGUUCAAAUUUGGAUUUUAGUACAAUUCUUUCAGAUUUUCUAUACGUGUUGUGAUCAUUCUAAAUACUUGACCAAAUGUAUGAUGUUAAAAUUGUAAGAACUUUACCUUGAAACAAACUAUAGAGGUUCU